AUGCAGGUCCCCAGCCCCAGCGCGCGGGAGGCUGCCUCCAUGUACGGCACCGCCGUGGCCAUCUUCCUGGUCAUCCUGGUGGCUGCGCUGCAGGGCUCGGUGCCCCCCGAGGACCCCUUCCCCUACCAUGUCCCCCUGGACCCCGAGGGGGUGCUGGAGCUCUCCUGGAACGUCAACUACGCGCAGGAGACGGUGCAGUUCCGGUUGCUGGUGCGCAGCCUGCGUGCGGGGCUCCUGUUCGGCAUGUCAGAGCGUGGCGAGCUGGAGAAUGCCGACGUGGUGGCACUCUGGACCGACGGUGACAGUGCGUACUUCGGGGAUGCCUGGACUGACGCCGCUGGCCGCAUCCAUCUAGACCCCCAGCAGGACUACCAGCUGCUGCAGGCACAGAGCACCCCCGAGGGUCUGGCCCUGCUGUUCAAGAGGCCCUUCAGCACCUGUGACCCCAAGGAUUACUUCAUUGAGGACGGCACGGUGCACCUGGUGUUCGCCACCCUGGAGCAGCCCGUGCACUCACUGGAGGCCAUCAACACGUCGGGGCUGCACGCGGGGCUGCAGAGGGUGCAGCUGCUGAAGCCCGACCUGCCGGUGCCCACCUUGCCGCCCGACACCCACAGCCUGGACGUGCGUGCGCCCAACGUGCUCAUCCCGGCCCAGGAGACCACCUACUGGUGCUACAUCACGGAGCUGCCGGCUGCCUUCCCCCGGCACCACAUCGUCAUGUACGAGCCCAUCGUCACCGAGGGGAACGAGGCCCUGGUGCACCACAUGGAGGUCUUCCAGUGUGCCCCCCAGUUCGAGAGUGUCCCGAGCUUCAACGGACCCUGUGACUCCAAGAUGAAGCCUGAGUCGCUCAACUACUGCCGCCACGUGCUGGCGGCCUGGGCCCUGGGCGCCAAGGCCUUCUACUACCCCCAAGAAGCUGGCGUGGCCUUCGGGGGCAAAGGUGCCUCCAGGUUCCUUCGACUGGAGGUCCACUACCACAACCCGCUGAAGAUCACAGGCCGGCUGGACACCUCGGGGAUCCGCCUGCACUACACGGCCACGCUGCGGCCCUUCGACGCGGGCAUCAUGGAGCUGGGCCUGGUCUACACGCCCGUGAUGGCCAUCCCACCGCGUGAGCACGCCUUUGUCCUCACUGGCCACUGCCCGGACACGUGCACGCAGGUGGCCCUGCCCCCCGCGGGGAUCCGCAUCUUCGCCUCUCAGCUACACACGCACCUGUCGGGGCGGAAGGUGGAGACGAUGCUGCUGCGGGACGGCCGCGAGCUGGAGCUGGUCAACAGGGACCCCCACUACAGCCCCCACUUCCAGGAGAUCCGCAUGCUCAAGGAGCUGGUGACCGUGCGCCCGGGGGACGUGCUGGUCACCUCCUGCACUUACAACACGGAGGACAGGGAGGAGGUCACUGUGGGCGGCUUCGGGAUCCUGCAGGAGAUGUGCGUGAACUACGUGCACUACUACCCGCGCACGCAGCUGGAGCUGUGCAAGAGCACCCUGCAGCCCGGCCUCCUGCAGGCCUACUUCCAGAUGGUCAGCAGGCUCGGCGGGGAGGGCGAGUGCAGCUGCCCGCAGGCCUCGGUGCCCGAGCAGUUCGCCUCCGUGCCCUGGAGCCCCUUCACCCGGGACCUGCUCCGCGCCCUCUACGCCUCCGCCCCCGUGGCCGUCAGCUGCAACAAGUCCUCAGCCGUGAGCUUCCCGGGAGAGUGGGACCUGCAGCCCCCGCCCCAGGUUGUGUCCCGCCUGGAGAGGCCGCGGCCCCGGUGCCCCCCGCCACACACGGGCGGCGGUCCCGCCACCCCCACCCGGAUGGACCUGCCCCGCAGCAGCGGAUGA